GGGGAGUUGUACAGCCUCAUCGCCUCCGUUAUGAAUUGCUCCACAGUAAAACCUCUAGAACUUCCUUGACAGUCGGUAGCAUCAAGUCUUUGCUGAUGCUGUUUUUAUUUCCGCCAUUUCCUUCAAAAGAACUUUCGUCGAUGAUUGUGAAUGUGGUCUGAAAAUCUUCGCUGCUAAUAAUCCUGAAACCUUCAUAAAAAGAAUGACAAAAAAGAUAAUAACUUGCUUAUGACUAAAAUGAUUUGAAUAGAGACAGCUAAAGAAAUUUACCUUGUAUUGAAGAAAGAAGAAAUUAAAUUCUCAUCAGCGGAUGACCUUAAUAAAUUUCUUGGCGAAUGGUCUUUCAGCAGCAGGAGUAUCCCAUCUAGUUACUGUUAAAUCCACCCGACGGAGAGUUGUUUGGAUAACUGCUCUUUCUCUGACAGCAGCCGGAAUGAUUUGGAUGACAUAUAGAGUUCUCGAAGAAUAUCUAAAAUAUCCUAAAGCUCUUGUUACAGAGAAAACUUCUCUGAAGGAAUUAGAAUUUCCUGCAGUGACAGUGUGUGGACGAUAUUUAACACCACGUUUUAACGCUAAAGAAGCUGAACUAGAAUAUGUGGAUGAAUUCGAAACGUUUAUGAAUGCGCUUCCCACUUACAAUGUAUCUCGGGUUGCGAGAGAAGAAUGCUUAAGGGAUCCUCUUUGUUGGUGGGCCAAAUUCCGGGACGUAUGCUACUGUGUGAAAAACCCUUGCGAAACUAUGCUUUGCUAUUCUCACUCCAAAUCAUACUGUGCUUGCUCCAACAUUUUUUGCCUGUGGAACGAAACUCGCGGCCCAGAUGCUUGCCACAACAUUCAGAAUGGAGAUGAGAAGUUUUGCGUUUGCAACAAGGAUUUUGAAUAUCCAUUUUACCUCAACAAAUCAACUUAUCAAGAAACGGACUUCUCAGAAUACUUCGCAGCUAAUAUAUCCCGAGAAGUAGAGAUUUUGAUUAAAGGAAUAAAAUCAGAUCUCAGAGGUGAUAUAUCCAAGGUGCAACGUUUUAUAACUCCUAAUGCAACGGUACUCGAUAAUUACGGCAUCUCAUUUGACAGUCUUAUUCUCUCCUGCAGCUACGGUCCGGUAAAAUGUGAUAUCAGGAAAGAUGUGACAACGUUAUACAGUCCAUCAUUUGGAAGAUGCUAUAUGAUCAAUUAUGCCGGCGAAGAAAACGUCGAGUCUAGAGGAAGAAUUAAAAUAGCUAGACAUUCUGGGCGGAAUUAUGGUCUUCAGCUGUAUCUGCAGUCUCCCAAAUCCAGUAUGUUCCCUUUGUUUGCUAAGCAGCUGAGUGUGCGAGUUGUCGUCCAUGAUCCUCGAAGCUUACCUUUCGCUAGAGAGAGAAGGUUUUGAUAUCAAUCCGGGAGAUAUGAGUUCCGUUGGUGUAGAGUAUUUGGAAGUAAAUCGUCUUGGUCCUCCUUGGGGAGAAUGUGCAAAAGAUGGAGACCUUAAGACAUCAAACUACACAGCAAAACCCUACAGCCAGAUAGCUUGUGAACGGAAUUGCAUGAAUGAAGUCAUCUUCAGUCGUUGCAAAUGCUACCAUCUCAAGUUUAAGUCAGGAAGAGUUAUACCCGACAGGAAAAAUAUCUGUACUGCUAGAGAUGAAAGUUGUUUUGAAUCCGUUUUAAGGGAAAGAAAUGCAGAGAAGAUCCAAUGUCGAUGCCCACCGGCAUGCAAGUAAAA